AUGGCUCUAAGCUGCUACCGUAUUCUGCUAGUACUCAUUGGCUUACGAGUGACUAUUGAAGUGCGUGGACAAAAGACAAUGAUAGAUGGAAAUACGAAUCUAACCUCUUCUCGCCAAUACGACUACAUAGAACCAUAUCCUGGUUCUCUUAUUCAAAACCCAAACGUCCGAACAAAACCAGUUGUUAGACCACGGAAAGAUGAAGACUGCUCGGAUGAGAUUUUGAGAAAGGUCAUGAAUGAGCAUAUCAGUGACGAAGGAAUGACAGAAUCAAAACGAGCAAUCCACGCUGCUGCUCGUCGAGACUUUGAGGGAACAUGGAGUGUCAUUUGUGCUCCGUGUGCAUUUUCGUAUCUGGCUCAUGCCCAGGAGUACUGUAUUCAUUCCAGACAUGGAAUCACUUGUUUGUUGUAUAGGGAUGGAUGA